CCUGCCUCAUGGCUCCCAGCAAUCAGCAGCACUGCCAAUGGGGGAGGCGCGCCCGGCUCGCUGCUUAUCGGGGCUAGCCGACUGCAGGGAUCGCGGCCCGGGCUAGGGAGCAUGCGGCAGCUCUCCCAGUGAACACCAUCGAGCUGCACUGCACCGGCCGUGGCCCAUAAAGCUCGCUGCCCGCCCUUGCUCCCAGCCCUCUCCCAUCGCGACUCUCUCACGCUGCGUGUCCUCUCUCUCAGCACCAGCCAUCUCUACUAACCGCAGCCAUGGCCAUCACCGAGCCCGCGCCGACCUACCACAGCGAUGCGAAGAACAUCGACCUCGAGAAGGAUGCUGCCAUCGGCGAGGUCCACAGCCCGACGCUGGGCAGCGACGACAUCGCAGACGAUCGCGCCAAGAACCCGCUGAAGCGCAACCUCCACGGCCGCCACAUGCAGAUGAUUGCCAUUGGCGGCGCCAUCGGGGCCGGUCUGUUUGUUGGUUCCGGUGGAGCUCUGCGCUCUGGCGGUCCCGCGUCUCUGGUUAUUUGCUUCAUGAUCAUUGGCGUGUCUAUCCUCAUGAUGAUGCAGGCGCUCGGAGAGCUGGCCAUCAUGUACCCCGUCAACGGCGCCUUCUUCCAGUACAUCUGCCGCUUCAUCGAUCCGUCCUGGGGCUUCGCCAUGGGCUGGGACUACGCCAUCCAGUGGCUCACGAUCCUGCCGUUUGAGAUCACUGCCGCUGGUCUCACCAUCGACUACUGGCACCACUACAACAUCGGCAUCUGGAUCGCCGUCUUCCUGACCGUCCUCACCGCCAUCCAGUUCUUCGGUGUGCGCGGCUACGGCGAGGUCGAGUUCUUGCUGUCCACAAUCAAGGUUGUUGCUUGCGCCGGUUUCAUUAUUUUCGGCAUCAUCGUCAACUGCGGCGGCGUGCCGACUGACAACCGUGGCUACAUUGGUGCCCGCUACUGGCACUCCCCCGAGCAGGCGUUCCGCAACGGCUUCCACGGCUUCUGCACCGUCUUCGUCACGGCCUCGUUCGCUUUCGGUGGCACCGAACUCACUGGUCUUGCGGCCGCCGAGUCCGCCGACCCCGUCCGUGAUCUGCCUAAGGCUACCAAGCAGGUCUUCUGGCGCAUUACCUUCUUCUACGUCGUCAACCUGUUCAUCCUCGGUCUUAUUGUGCCCAGCAGCUCUCAGGUCCUUCUCGGCUCCUCCGGCGCCAACACCAAGGCCUCCCCCUUCGUCUUGGCCAUCACGCUUGCCGGUGUCAAGGGCCUCCCGUCCGUGUUCAACGCUGUCAUCACCAUCUCGGUUAUCUCAGUCGCCAACUCCGCUACCUACGCCUCUACCCGCACCAUCCAGGCGCUCGCCCAGAAGGGCAUGGCACCCAAGUUCCUCGCCUACGUCGAUAAGAAGGGUCGCCCAAUCCCCACCAUCGUCCUCCAGCUGGUCCUUGCCCUCCUUGCCUUCUGCAAUGAGCAAACGAACUCUCAGGUCUUCACCUGGCUUCUCGCCUUGUCCGGUGUGGCUAACUUCUUCGUCUACGGCUCUAUCUGCGUUGCCCACAUCCGUUUCCGCUCUGCGUGGAAGCUCCACGGCCACACCGUGGAGGAGCUUCCUUUCCGCGCUCAGUUCGGCAUUUGGGGCAGCUACUUGGGCGUUUUGCUCAACUUCCUCUGCUUGGCCGCUCAGUUUUACACUGCUCUCUACCCUAUCGGUGGAACACCCAAUGCCGAGGCCUUCUUCGAGGCCUACCUCGCCGCGCCCCUGAUCAUCGCCCUGUAUCUCGGCUGGAAGAUCUGGUCCAUGUUCAUGAUCCCCGAAAACCGCCCCAUGUGGGUCGCCAUCAAGGACAUCGAUCUGUACACGGGCAUGCGCGAGGACCAGUUCACCUUCUCGGCCGAGGGUGUGCCCGAAGCCAUCCGCCGCCAGUCGAUCGCUUCGCUGCCCAUCAACAAGCCCAAGAAGUGGUACGACUACCCCAAGAACUUCCUUACUGGCCUCUUCUAGACGUGUGCCGUUUGCGGGCAUAUUUGCAUAAUCAAGGGUUGUGGUGUUUUCGGAGCGUGACGGGCUGGGGUCUGUCACGAUUAUCGUGGAUUUAGGGGCGAUGCGAGCGAGCGAGUUUCUUUGUGCAAAGCCAAAUGUACUCAUAAUGAAAGGACGGGUUUUGGGGCGGGAAAGCCAUUCGUAUGAUCAAGAUUGUACUAGAUGAGGUGCACGCAC